AUGUCCAAAGACAUAAAUGGGCACGUUAUCGUCACACUCGGAAUACCAGCGCGCGGCGGCGUUGAGGCAGCCUUGUCGCGCGGGGCAGGGGGGCGGCACUCCCGCGCAACCUGUUGCCUCCGUCACUCCUCGCGGCUAGAGCCUCGCCCGCGCAUGUUUGCCGCUCAUACGCAAACAUCUAGUGAUGUGCUCCUAGAUAAUGACCAACAAGAUGACAACGAUGUGUGGUGCCAAAGAAAAUGA